AAGGAAAUGCAGUUCAGUAUGUAUAUUUCUUCACAUCCCGGAAGGCUGACGCGAUUGAGAUCUCUGCACCCGAGUGUGUCGAACAGUUUACUGAGCCGUGGAGUGUUAAUGGAAUGUAUUGAUUCGUACGUCUCCGUAGAUUUACCGUGACACGUGAAAUGGCCUGACUGCAUCACCACUGUGGAUAAAGAUGAAGGACCACAUUCUGGUUGCUCUGCUGUCCCUGAUUCUCUUGGCCUCCGUCUUCCUUAACAUUACCAUUCAUCAAUAUGGAAAUAAAGAGGUAAUAGCGGAUGUUCGUGUGGAAAAUCACUUGUACAUGGGGAAUCGCCAAGAAGCCAUUAGAAAGACUAAGGCAGCUCCGGGUUCAUUCCAAUAUCAGGGGAAUCGAAACGCGUCAUCAAUUCCUGUGUAUCAUUGGAACGGGACGUUUUCUAUGUCUAAAAUUUGUGAGGAUUCCAAUGGAGCGAAUUUCAAUGUUGCAUAUUUUUCAAAUCAUUUGGGCAAAAUUCCAAUUUUUGUGUAUGACGAGAAACAGGACCGUAUAGUGUCUAAACACCUAAAAAAUGAAGGAUCUUGGGAACCGACACUACGAAAGGCAAUUAUAGAUGUUAUGAUGAAAAAUCCCGAUAUGCUAUUUAUAGACAUCGGAGGAGGGCUAGGAAUAUUUUCAUUGGAAGUUGGAAUAAGGGGCUUCAGGGCGCUUUUAGUAGAUCCCAGUGUAUCCAACAUUCAGCGCUUCUGUGCUUCAGCCAAUCAGGGGGGCGCUUUUGGUUCAGUUUCCGUUUUACUUAACCCGCUGUCUUCUCGUCACGAAACUGUACAGAUGGCGGCCGAAGACGACAGAGUCAGCGAGCUAUUUAUUUUAGACAACAACUUACUGAAAGUGUCUCAAACAAAUGAAUCGCACUAUGUCUCAAAAGAAUUUGUGAACGCUAUCACCUUGGACGAUUUGUUGUACUUGCCAGAGUUGCAGUCAACAAAGGAUGUUGUCCUACAUAUUGAUUCUGCUGGGUAUGAAGAACAGAUUUUGAAAGGAGGUGAAUUUUUCUUCAAAAUGCUCAGGGUAAAAGUUGUAUUUAUUGACUGGACAUAUAACAGACAUCCUAAUUACAGUGGAGGUAUUAUAAAAUUUAUGAUGGAUAAACAUUUUAGACCUUUCGAUGCACAUUUUAAGAUACCUCUCAUUGAAAAGCCUUAUUCUGAGUGGCCAUUGAGCAUUGGUUGGGUUCAUGAAAGUUAUUCCUUGUGAGGUGACAUUCACCUGUAAUUUUAAGUAGCAAUCUUUCUAUGAAUCAUACCGAGAGCAAUUUACUGUUAUAUAUAUAUAUAUAUAUAUAUAUAUAUAUAUAUAUAUAUAUUGACCAACGACAUGAACAAUAUGAAUUGAAAAAAUUUCAUAUCCCGGUAUAUUUUUUAACACGUGUAUGGGUAUUUUAUCAAUAUAUGUACAAUUGUUAUUUAGUUAGUUGGACGACUUUCCAGUCUAUCUAAGUAGAUAAUUUGUGUUUUAUCAAUAGAAUCAUUGUACAUACAUGUUAAACACGCUAACGAAGUAAGGGAAACCUCGUAUAUUGUGAGAUACAUAAAUGUUUGAAAGAAUGUACUUGUAUUUGGUAACAGUGUGUAAUUAGCCUUUCGUUAAUGUGGUCAUUUUAAUUUUAAUUUUAAUCAUCAAGGCAACUUUACUUGUAUCAGAAUAAAUUAUGAAUACCCUUGUAUAGAGGAAUAUAUUCAACAGAAGAAA